AUGCUGGCACUACCAACGCCACAUAUGGGGUCUGUUAACACGCCGGCUACUCCUAUGACACGUGCGACCUCUCAAGCAUUCACAAUAUGUCCCCAUACGCCGGUACUACCAACGCCACGUACGGGGUCUGUCAACACACCGGUUACUUCUACGAUAUGUGCAACCUCUCAAGCAUAUCAAAAUAUCUCCCCAUACGCCGAUACUACCAACGCCACGUAUGGGGUCUGUCAACACGCCGGCUACUCCUACGACACAUGUGACCUCUCGAGCAUAUCAAAAUAUCUCCCCAUACGCCAGUACUACCAAUGCCACGUAUGGGGUCUAUCAACACGCCGGUUACUCCUACGACACGUGCGACCUCACAAGCAUAUCACAAUAUCUCCCCAUACGUCGGUACUACCAACGCCACGUAUGGGGUUUGUCAACACGCCGGUUACUCCUACGACACGUGCGACCUCUCAAGCAUAUCACAAUAUCUCCCCAUAUGUCGGUACUAACAACGCCACAUAUGGGGUCUGUUCGCACGCUGGAAAAUCCUAUGACACGUGGGACCUCACAAUCAUAUCACAAAAUGGUACUUACACCGUGUAA